AUCGCAGUGUGUUUGCCAAACAAGCAGACAACACCUACGUUUUGUACUUACUUCUAACUUCCGUCCACAACUUCUAAUGUAAAAUUUGUUGAUCAGUUCUUGUUGAUGCUGUAGAAAAUUUUACUUUCCUAAAAAUCUGGACAAACAUGACGUCCUCGUUUGUCGCUGACUCGGGCGACCUUUUCCUGCAGCUGGAGCAGCGGCGAGACGAGCUGGAUCUGGAAAUUCGCAAGUACAAAGAGAAACUCCAGAUUCGGCAAACCGCACGGAACCAGCAGCGCACCUUUUUCGAAGUCAAAGGGCAGUCCCAAGUUUUCGGCCUGCUAUGGAUUGCAAAUAUGUCUGGGUCUGGAGGAUUGUAACUUGUAAUUCUGUCUUUGGAUUCCAAAAAAAUCUGUAUUGCAUGACCAGCAACAGGACUCCAGUUUGUGUUACGUGGAGAGGGCAUUUCUCAUGCGGAAUAGGCAUUAGGAACCCCUCUAAAAAUCUGUGUUGCUAGAUCAUGCAUUAGAGGCAUCAAUCAUCAUACAAAAUAUGCAUGACAAGUCUGCAUUCUUCCAGACCCAGACACUUUUGCACUUGAUACCUGCAAAGGGAAAACGACUACGCGCGGAAGCGGAACGAAGACUUCAAAAAAGUGUGCAACGACGUGGUCGUAUCCUGAGUAAAAACGUCCCCACCCCAUAGUUGUAAUGCUAAUCCGCAUGCUGAGAAUGUUUCUCAUGCGCAGCCCCAUGAGAAGCAUUUUCUACUUGUGUUUCGGAAUUUGUCAUGCUCCAAUAAGCAUGAUAUGCUAGAUCUGUGAUGCUGCUGGACCAGCUAAACAGCAUUACACUACGAGGCAAAACUUGUCAUGCGCAACAACCAAAGCUGGCUGAUUUGUGUAGCAGAUUUUCCAUCUUGCCUCUGGGGAGGUGGGAACGUUUUUACACAGGAUAGGUCGGCACGAGCGAGCACGGUUCUUCUUCGUCCUCGUCUACAUCCCAAUCUUCGUCGCUUGGCCGCAAUUGGGAGCGGUUCCUGCACCGCGUGGGCUCGCAGUACCCGGAAGCGAUUUCCAAAGACGCCUGUCGCUUAUCAACUGCAAAUAUGUCAGGGUCGGGGAGAAUGCGAGAUUUGUGAAUGUGAUGCUCGUCUGGCAUGACUCGGAACUCUGUAAUGCGUGGCCGCGAAGAACUCCGCUUGCCAGCCAUGCAAAAACGCAGUUUCUCAUGCGGAGUACGCAACUCAGAAGCAGAACCAACAUAGCAAAACUUGUCAUGUUGGGCAGCGCAUUUUUUAUACAGUGUUUUCACUAUUCCCUUCCUUGCAUCAUAAGUUUCCAGAUCCAGACGUAUUUCCAGUUGAUAUCGCUCGCUCGCAAACCAGUGUCGGAAGUACGUGGAGGAGCAGCAUACUACAAUGAAAAAUGCCCCGACCCUGAAAUUUGCAAAAGUUUGUCAUGCAAAGUUUCCAAAUGAAAGCUUUUUGUCUUGCAUGAAAGGAUUGCGAGUAUUUCUGAUGCAGAAUCUAGGUGCGCAACGUGUCUUUUGCAUAACAGAUUUGCUGUUGGGCUCCUUUGCAACACAAAUUUGUGCUAUUCAGCAUGAAAAAUUUGUGAUGCUGAGAUAUGCAAGACGGCGAAUGUUUCUAUUCGAUGAAAGGUUUGCAGCAAUACAAAUGCUGCCAAGUUCUGGGGUGGGGGCAUUUUUCAUUGUAAUACAGCAGAGGCAGAAUUUCAACCCGAAGAAGCGCAGCCUUGUGUCUCAACAGCUCAUCGUCAAUACGGACGUGCGGCAGGAGAGCGAGAAUGCGUGGAACUCGAAAUUUACCUGGGGAUGCGCGGCGCCGGCGGGGGGCGGGGGCGGUUAGCAAAGUGAAAGAAGCCACCACCCCAAAUCGAAAUGG